UCAAUGCUCUUCAACGUUUCCUUGCCAAAAAAUUUGAAGGCGCCAACUAUUGAGUUGCUCAGACAGGAUCCUGAUUUGCUCAAAGUUUAUGCCGUCGAUACAAAGGAUUUCCAAGAACCGCCAGAAUCUUGUGAUUUAGAAUUUAUGCUCAAACCUCCAGCCUAUCGACAAUCAGUAGAAAAUCUUCGUUUAAACAAACAAAUGUCAUUUGUUGGGGCUUUCAAAAUUUAUAAGAAAACGGAGGCAGAAUAUCGAAAUAUUCCAAAAUCUUAUUUUAUUCCACUUAGCAGACGUUGA